UUGAAAGUAUUUUCAAAAUUAAAACGACAAGUUAACAUUUAUCCAUGGAGGUGAUGGAAUAUAGCAGCCCUUUCGAGGGCAUGCUCCCAAUCGCGGUUGUCUGUUUUCAGUGUGAAAUGUGAGUUGGCGAGGAAGAUCGACCUAUCGGUCUAGACCAAGACGCUAUGUACAGCCUCCUGAAAUGAUUGGGCCUAUGCUGCCCGAGCAGUUCAGUGAAGAAGAAGUGGAACCACCAAAACCUGAAGAAGGGGAACCAGCAACUCAAAGUCAGGAUCCUGCAGCUGCUCAGGAGGAAGAGGAUGAGGGAGCAUCUGCAGGUCAAGGGCCGAAGCCUGAAGCUGAUAGUCAGGAACAGGUUCACCCAAAGACUGGGUGUGAGUGUGGAGAUGGUCCUGAUGGCCAGGAGAUGGGCCUGCCAAAUCCAGAGGAGGUGAAAACGCCUGAAGAAGGUGAAAAGCAAUCACAGUGUUAAAAGAAGACACGUUGAAAUGAUGCAGGCUGCUCCUAUGUUGGAAAUUUGUUCAUUAAAAUUCUCCCAGUAAAGCUUUACAGCCUUCUGCAAAGAAGUCUUGCGCAUCUUUUGUGAAUUUUAUUUCUAGCUUUUUGAUGCUGUGAAAUAUGUAUCAUUCUUUGAAAUCGUGUAUUGUAACUCUC